AUGGCGGAUGCAAGCUCGACUUCAAACACUCGCGACCUCGCGCAGCAACACUUCACCAACUCUACGCCUCCAUCUACAUCCUCGAGCGGCGCUUCUUCUGCGUUUGAAGAUAGUCCCAACAAAGUUCCUCAGGAGUAUCUCAUGGCCUCACCAUCUUCUCUCCUGGUUCAAGGCUUCCCCUUUCCACCUCAACAGCCGACUUCUGAUAUCCCACUCAACCUCCAGCCUGGCUUUAUACGUCCCGAGGAGCCUUAUAUGAACCGAUUCAAAAGCAACUAUGAGAACCAGCCCCCUAACCUUAACAACGGCGCACAGCCAUCAUCAUCCAAGAUCCCAGAGUUCGACCAACACUCCUCUGCCGCCCGCCUUGUCAACGAACAACGUCUAUCAACAUGCCUCAACAUCCUCCGUCACAUCCAACGCACCCUCCGUCAACGCCAUGAUGAGGCAACCCUGCGUCUCGCACACAUUUCGCGCCUCGAAGUGCAGACCACAUGGGAGCUCUUCUUCCAGAGCCCCCUAGAUUUCAUGUGUCACGAGAUGGACAUUCUCUCUGACGCUACUGCGAGCGCCAUUCUCUCUCACGGAGGAAUUUCUCUGCAGCGACACUCUGCUCACGAGAGUGAGGCUUGGAUGCGGAAGCUAGAUGAGCUACGGGAUUUGCAGGACGAUGAACACGAUGCCAAGGAGAGGGUACGCAAGACGAUGAAGCAGAUGCAGUGCGCGGAUGCGAUUAUGAGAGUGGGAUUGGAGAAGCAGGCGGCGGCACUGGAGAGAGGCGAUCUUAUGGGUGGUCAAUAUCGCGGAGGGUUUGACUAUGAUUAUAAUGUCGAGGCAAUGGCAUCUUCAAACAACAACGCUUCUGCCAUGUUGAGUGGCUUUUUCAAUUGGCCUUUGCCUGCCACGUCGUUGAAGGUUGGUGAAGCCAGCAACGAUGUCAUUGGCGACAAUAGCAGUGGUUCUGUCAGCGGAUCCUCAGGACAAUGCCACUCCGAGUGUUGUCGAGAUCAUUCUCUGUAA